AUGAAACAUUAUCUAAGUUUACUAGCAAUUCAGUUCCUCUGUGGGCAAAGAUUUUUCGGAAGAGCCGAGGAUAAAUUGAAUAAUGAAAGCAAUGUAAAGUACAGCUCAUCAAAUGUGGGUCUUUUAAGACUGAUGGAAGUGGAAGAAGAAUUCACCGAUUGCCUUAUAAAUUACAUAGGACAACUUGAAGAAGAAACCCAUUUCCUUCAAAAGUACUUGUCUUCAGUUUAUACAGUUGAAAGCCAGAAAGAAAGAGUGGAGUAUAUUUCCAAUCCGUUAAACGCUUUUUCACUUUUAAGGCGCACCCACGAAGAUUUGCCAAAAUGGCACGCCUAUUUCAGGAAGUCUAUCAAAAAUGGGAAUUUAAGUAUACUGGACGAUAUUGUUAAAAAGGUGCCACACAGAGUGGACUUAAUUUCGGCAAUGCGUGGAAUUCACCGAAUCGAAAGGAUAUACGACUUAAAAAUCGAUGAUUUGGCACAGGGUAUUCUACAGGGCCAGCAGCACAAUAUCCAAUUGACCUAUCGCGACCUAAUAGCCAUGGGACAUUUCAUGUUCGAGCAACGCGACUAUCAAGCAGCUGCCAAAUGGUAUCGAAUUGCUUGUAAACACGAACAGAAAUAUUCAGAUAAAUUAUUGAAUGAGGUUUUGGGCAACCCAUCCGAAUACCUUCAUCGCCAAUUCAUCAAAGCACUAUUCAUAUAUGGCACUAGUACAUCAGAUCCCGCUACAUCUAGCGAUGAAGCAUCGAUUGCUGCGGAGAGCUCUUUUGCAGAAGCCAGCAAAGAGGAAUUGGAUGACAUAAUGUCCAAUCUGAAUGAUCCUGCCAAUGAUGUUGAAGUGGAAAAAGAGUUAUAUUUGACGAAUUGGAGUCCUACCAAUUUUGAAAUCGGAUGCCAAGGACUAUAUCGCCGAAAAACAAAUCUUGUGUGCAGGUACAAAUUCGACACGACACCCUUUCUGCGAUUGGCACCUCUGAAAUUUGAAGAAAUCAAUUUGGAUCCAUACAUUGCAAUGUACCACGAAGUUUUGUACGAUUCAGAGAUUGAGGGUCUUAAAAGCCAAUCAGUGAACAUGAUCAAUGCCUAUGCAACCGAAAAAAAUGGCACCGAAAUCAGGGAGUCUGUGGGUCAAUUUGCCUUCUGGCAUGAUAAAUCUUUAAUGCGAGAGCGUAUCAAUCAGCGGAUUAUUGAUAUGACAGGAUUCAAUUUCUCCAAAACUGAUGAGAUUCAGGUCGUUAACUAUGGCGUGGGUACAUACUUCAAUCCCCACUUCGACUUCACCUCAGACGACUAUGAAGCUCCAGAUGUUAUUGAGUUGGGAGACCGAUUAUCCACAGUUCUUUUUUAUGCUAGCAACGUGCAGCAAGGUGGAGCAACUGUUUUUCCAAAAAUAAAUAUCACUGUUUUCCCACGGAAAGGCAGCAGCUUGUACUGGUUCAAUUUGUUAGACGACGGAAGGCCUGAUCAAAGAAGUCAACAUUCUGUGUGUCCUGUUAUCAACGGAGAUAGAUGGACUCUUACGAAAUGGGUCCAUUUUUUCCCCCAAAUGUUUAUCAUGCCAUGCAAGUCAUAUUCAAAAACUAAAAGCGAAGUCUAAAACCUUUGGAGUCUUUACUCCGUUCAACAAAGAAGUCAAGUGCCCCUUGCUAAG